AUGUCGCUGAGUUUAUAUUGGGCUUCGGCGUUCAUUCUUCCAAAGAAAGCUACUAACGAGAUUGAGAAGAGGCUGCGAAGUUUCUUGUGGAAGGGGACAACAACCAGUGGUUAUGCCAAGGUAGCCUGGAAAGAUCUAUGCCGACUGAAGGUUGAGGGAGGACUAGGGUUCAAGGAUAUUUCUGUCUUGAAUCAUGCAUUAAUGACUAAGAAACUCUGUGAAAUUAUCAGGUGCGAAAGGACAUCGAUUUGGGUUGAAUGGUUUUACCAGGGUCGGUUACGAAACACCUCCAUCUGGACGAUUAGGGACCAUAGUGGCUCAUGGGGUUGGCAAAAAAUUCUCCGUCUACGGGUUUUCCUCCGCCCUAUGGCGGAUUAUCAGAUCGGAGAUGGAAGGAGAUUCUACUUGUGGGAGGACGAAGAUUCUACUUGUGGGAGGACCCAUGGCAUUACCUUUGCCCUCUUGGUGACACGUUUCCACGGGGACCGAGGCUACUCAGAUGGAGGAGUCAGCUAA